UGCGGUUCGUAUCACUCGCUGGCGCUCACCGGCGAGGGCUGUGUCUACGGCUGGGGUUACGACCGAUACGGACAGGUCGGGUGCGGCGACGGUGAGUCCAGUUCCCGGUCGCCCCACUCGGCGGUACCCGUGCCUAAGAAAUUGCAUUUUAAACACAAUAAUAAUGAAUAUAAAAUUAAAUCCGUUUACUGUUUGAGUUAUUCGUCGUUUGCCAUCGCAUACACCGGCCAUGUGUUCAGUUGGGGUCGCAAUUAUUUCCACAAUUUGGGACAUCCGGUGGCGGGAAAUGUUGCGAAACCCCUAAUGAUUGCCAGUCUGUCGGGUGUGGAGACCGUGUGCUCCACAGGACUCGUGACAUACUUUCUAUCAAAUGAGGGUUUAGUGUAUUUUUGCGGCCAAUAUAUGGCUCAAAACGGGGAAUAUUCCCUCCGAAAGUUCCCGACAAAAAUCCACUCGAAUAGGAGGUGCCAAGAGUUGCAGCAAAUCAACUCUCAACGCGAACGAUCAUCGUUGAUUAUGGCCGUUAUUACCGACAAGAUUUAUUUCCUAAAUGAUAAAAAUGAUUUACUUCUCACAGAUUAUCGCAAUCAAACGGCCAGAAAAUUAAAAAGGAGCCUGAGCGAAUAUAGUAGACUAUACGAUGAGCUAUGUCAGAUUGGGUCAGGCUCAUUUGGCACAGUAUAUAAAGUGAGGCGAAAAUUGGAUGGCCAUAAAUAUGCUGUCAAAACAUUUGACCUACAAGCUCGGGCUGAUUUCUGUGACCAAUCACAACUAUUCAAGGAGUUAAACAACCUUAUUAAAAUACGCUCCGACUAUGUCGUACACUAUUUAAACUCGUGGUUUGAAAGCGACAAAUACUACCUACAGAUGGAGUUAUGCGCCGACAGUCUGCGCAAUAUAUUGGCGCUAAAACGGCGGGCAUUUGGCCGCCAAACGGCCGCUCAGGCCAUGAAUUCCGUCGAGUUUUUCAUUUCGUGCCAAUUAUUCAAAGAACUCGUGGAAUGCGUACAGUAUUUGCAUUCAUCGAAACCGGCGGUCAUUCACCGCAAUCUCAAACCCGAU